UGCUCCAAUUCUCUUUUCCCUCUUUUGUAGAAAUUCCAAAGCUCUCCGCCCUCGGCGUCUCUGGCUCAAAGUUUAGGGCUUACCAGGUCAUGGCUUAUGUGACCACUGAGGUCUUCGAGCUCACGAUGAAUAAGUGGAGAAUGGAGGUGGAUGAAAUGGACAGGGAAAUCAAGAGUAUGAAUGAGACGUUGGAGUCUAUGUGGGUCGAUGUAAAAGAACGUGACAAGAAGCUAGAAGAACUGGACAAGAAGGGAAAAGAAGGGGACAAGAAGUUAGAAGAAUUUCGCAAGGAUGUAGAAGAACUUCGCAAGAAGCUAGACAAGGCGCUAGAAGAAAGUGACAAGAAGUUCGAAGAACUUGGCAAGAAUAUAAAAGAACUUGACAAGAUGCAUGAAGAAAUGCAAGAAGAAAAUGGGAAGAUGAUAGAAGAAUGUUGGAAGGAUAUAGAAGAAGAAUUUGGCGAGAUGUUGAAAUCAAUUCAAUGAGGUGAAGGCAUCUUGGUCCACUUUAAUUUAAUGAUCUCAAGAAUUGUUGAUGUGAUGCAAGUAGUUUUGUAGGUCUUCUCUGCAAAAUUUGCACAUAGUCCUAUAUUUUUUUUUUUCCAAUUCACAAUUGUUUGAAUUACACAAUCUAUUGAGUGCAGUUGUAUGCUAUUGCUUACCUCUACUCCUUCCUCUAUUUAA